CCUAGAUUAAGUUUGCAAUUAGUGCAUAGUUUAUUACUCCUACUUCCCUAAAAUAGUUCAUAUAUCGAAUUUUAAGAUUGACUAUUUUCUAGAAAGACAGUUAGCCGGUUAUUAACGGAAAUACAGUUAAUACAUUUUCCCUUCUCUGUUUUCUCCUCUGCGAUCAUCUAAACCCCAAACCCUAGCCAUCGAUUCUCUUCAUUUCCGCCAGAAUGUCAUCCAUCGCCACCUUGUACCGAUCAGGAAUGCGGUCCGCCUGCUUCCUUCUGUCCAGACGAUUUUCCACCUUCUCGAAGCCACCGCCACUGCCCGGAUUCAUCCAACCGGCCUUCUACCGCUCCGGUUCAUUGCCCGCAGUUUCGCGCGCCCUCGAAUUCAUUGCUCCUUCAGGACAUCAUCGGGUGAACCCGAUAAGGUGUAGGGUCAAUCGUUCCGGGUCCUCGUACUCUCCGCUUAAUUCCGGGUCGAAUGUCAGUGACCGGCCACCCACGGAAAUGGCCCCGCUUUUCCCUGGUUGCGAUUACGAGCACUGGCUUAUCGUGAUGGAUAAGCCCGGCGGUGAAGGCGCCACCAAGGAACAGAUGAUUGAUUGCUAUGUUCAAACUCUGGCCAAAGUCCUCGGCAGUGAGGAAGAGGCCAAGAAGAAGAUAUACAAUGUCUCAUGCAGUAGAUAUUUCGGCUUUGGUUGUGAAAUUGAUGAGGAGACAUCUAACAAGCUCGAAGGUUUGCCAGGGGUGUUGUUCGUUUUACCAGAUUCUUAUGUUGAUCCAGAGAACAAGGAUUAUGGAGCGGAGCUUUAUGUGAAUGGGGAGAUAGUUCAAAGGUCACCUGAGAGGCAAAGGAGAGUAGAGCCAGUGCCCCAAAGGGCUGGUGAUAGACCACGAUACAAUGACCGAACCCGAUAUGUGAGACGCCGUGAUAACAUGCGAUGAAUGGUUUUAUCCAUCUUCUUGGGAACUAUUCUUAUGUAUUAUGUAGUAGAUGAGAGCUUAUCACGAGAUGGUUGUAUCUAAUGUGAUGAUGUGAUUGGCUGUAGUUUAAUACGUGAGACAAUAAAGUUAAUAAUCUUUUUGCUUUUUUUGAACAUCUGAGAUGGUUUUAAGUUUGUGUUUGAUUCCUGUACUUCUUUUUUAUAAUUUCGGUUCGUAUCUCCUGGUUGACCUUUUCGGCUCAGAUGCGAACCACCUCCAACUAAAGGUUAUCAGCAGAACAUGGGUGAUUUCCAUUUCCCUACUGCUGUGAUUAAAUCUAUGCUAAUUGAGUAAGGUAUUUGUAAUCGCUUGGGUAUAUUGUCCAGGGAUUAGCGAGUUAACCAUCCAGUGACAUUGAGAUCCAGCAGUUGGAAAAUUGUAAAACAGUGUUCAGAACUGAGCAGCAAGUUAAUGUG